AUGCACUACACUAGAAAAACCAACACUCCCGAGCAUACUUAUCAAAUUAAUGGUGUAGAUAUAGAAAAGCCAAUGGCAUAUACAUCCCUUGUAAGAAGGAAAAUAGAAUAUGCGUCAGUUAUUUGGAAUCCCCACCAAGCCUAUCUAGUUAAUGAGUUAGAGUCUCUCCAAGAUAAAGCAUCCCGGUUUAGAACACUCAAUUAUUCAACCACCUGUAGUAUAACAAGUAUAAAAGAGUCCUUAAAUUUAGCAUAUCUCGUGAACAGAAGGCGAAUCGCCCGUUUUUCUUUAUUUCAUAAAAUACAUCACGCUUCUACACCUUUCCGUCAAACACACAUUGCUCCAGCUAACCGUAUCUUCCCACGACUAGACCACCCCAACAAAGUAACCCCAAUUUUUUUACGCACUAACCUGUACAAAUGCUCUCCUUUUAACCUUGCCGUUUUUGAACAGGAUGCCUUACCGUAUGAUAUCGCAGUGACACAGGAUUAUCAGGCUUUUUUAAAUCUCCUGAUUCCUUUCAUUUCACAAAAAACACAAUAA